GUGGUGGCUGACCAGACGGACAGGAAGUUGAAGGAAGACUUGGGGUCUUGGAUUGAGAAUUCCCAUAUUCAAACGACGGUCGGGUUCUCUUUGGCAGGGGCAUUGGGGUUGAGUAGUUCACCGCGAUAUGAUGUUUACGGGAAUGAUUUCAGGUGGGGGAAGCCAACGGCGGUGAGGACUGAGGAGUGGAGGCGGGAGCAAGUUGGAAGGGAAGGUUACAGUGUUACCAGGAGCAAAUCUUUUCCUUCUUGUUAA